CUCUUCUCCAUUUUAUAGUCUCUCUGCAAUUUAGGUGUUCUGUGUUUGAUGAAGUGUCACAGAUUGUAGUGUUUUAUGUCAGUGUAUGUUUUGUGUUUUGAGCUUUCCAGAAUGGACGUAUUUGUAGGACGUAUAUCGUUUCUCUUUCGGAUAAAAAAGUGUUUUAGGUAGACAAGACCUACGUUCCUGCCGAAUAUUAUACGUUUGUGUUUUCUCGAUUUCCAGUUUUGGACAUUGCAUUUGGUUUUGGGGAUAAUGGAGAGGCGCGAAAUGGAUAUGAGCAUUUAUCUUUCUACGCCCUUGCAAAUUGAUAAAAUUUGUAGAGCAUGUCUUUCAGAAAAAGGUGAUAUGAGGCCUCUGUUUGGAGCAUGCCUGGACGAAAUGUUAAAUUCGUUCGCUUCAAUAGAGGUGCAUCAAGGAGAUGGCUUUCCUAGCCUUAUGUGUCUCCAAUGUGUCCUUCAAUGUAGUAGAGCAUACACUUUCAAGCAACUAUGUGAAAAGUCUGAUAACAUCUUACGAGAGUACCUUUCUCCUGAGUUUCAGCAACGCCUUGCGCAGUCAGUUUCUGAACAGCAUGAUGAAAAAUGUGAGGAGAUUGAAGCUAUCGAUCAAGAGGAACAGCAGCAAGAAGUGGUUGGAGAAGAAACUCAAGUGAUAACAGACGCCAGAGAAAUACAUUUGGUUGAUGAAAUGGGCAAUAUCGUCGUACAUCAUGACGUCACAGAAUUCGUCACGUACGCAGAAGAUGUGAAAGAUGGCGAGAUCUAUACAACAAUUGAAUGUGUGCCCAAUGUGCAUGAUAUACAUAUAACUGAAGAACCCCAGCACCAACAGGACGCUAUCCAGAUUGAGCAAGUUGAAACACAGGAAGAAAAACAUAAGUAUCCUUGCCCAAAGUGUGACAUGUCUUUCAAUCUUAAAGUUGACCUAAAGAUACACUUGAUGAAACACCCGAAAGACUUGGACUACAUUUGCGAUAUUUGCCAAAAGGGCUUCCCGGAAGCUAGGAUUUUGAGGCGGCAUCUGAAAAUCCACCUGGAAGAAAAACCUCACAAAUGUGAUCAGUGUGACAUGUCGUUCGCGGAAAGUUCAAAUUUGAGUAAACACAAAAAGAAACACACUGGAGAGCUGAGAAACAUCGUAGGCAAACCUCAUCUAUGUCCUUCGUGUGGGAGGUCCUUCAAAUGGGCCUCCAGUUUGUCGAAGCAUAUGAAGUAUCAUACAGGACAUAAGCUGCUGUCUUGCGAGUAUUGUGGGAAGCAAUAUGUUGAGGCAAGGAGCUUAAAGAUUCAUGUUAGGAGUCACACUGGGGAACGGCCUUAUGUUUGUAAUAUAUGUCAGAAAGGUUUUACGCAGGUGUGCAACUUAGAAAAGCAUAUGAGAGUGCACACAGGAGAAAAACCAUUCCAGUGCAAUAUUUGUGGCAAACGCUUCACCCAAUCAGGCUACGUGAACAUCCACAUGCGCACUCACACCGGCGCUCGACCUUACGUCUGCACGACGUGCGGCAAGUCCUUUGCGGGUUCCAGCACGCUACACAUCCAUCAACAGAUUCAUACUGGCGAGAAACCAUACGCUUGUAAUGUAUGCGGAAAAGCGUUCAGCAGACAUGAGACACUCAUCAUUCAUUCAAGAUCCCACACAGGAGUUAAACCAUACAUAUGCACUGUGUGUAAUAGAGCGUUUUCAUCGUCAGGAUUGUUAAGUGGGCAUACGAAGACGCAUACUGGAGUAAAGCCUCAUGUAUGUGAUAUUUGUCAAAAGAAGUUUGCCAGUUCAAGCAGUCUGAAGGUGCACUUACGAUCGCACUCUGGCGAGAAACCUUAUGUUUGCAAGCUGUGCAACAAGAGUUUUGCACAAAGCAGUUCUCUGCAUCAACAUCUAGGCACACAUCAGCAUUUAGGCGAGCACACAAUUGAAGUCGAGGAAAUCUCCGAGGUGAAGACGGUACAAGUAGCGGAAUUAAUAACUGCCGAUAAUCAGACCAUCAAGGUACAAGCUAUCACAACUAUGUAAUUUUAUAUUUUUAUAUAUUAUUUUUAAUUCAAUUGUGUAAAUAAUGAUUAUAUAAAAUAAAAAUUAUUAUACUACAAUA